CGGGAUUCCAAAGCUCCGCGCUGUGACGCGCCGCUCGCGGUCCCCGCCCUGCGGCCAGCACCCCCACGGGGGCGGGACGUGGGCAGGGCCAGCAGUCGCGGGAACCUUGAGCCCGCCUCCUCCGCAGGCUCCGCGCUGCUCGCCAUGGCCCCCGCGCUGCUGCUGGUUCCUGCGGCCCUUGCCUCCUUCGUCCUGGCAUUUGGCACCGGAGUGGAGUUCGUGCGCUUCACCUCCCUGAGGCCGCUGCUUGGAGGGAUCCCGGAGUCUGGCGGUCCGGAUGCUCGCCAUGGGUGGUUGGCUGCCCUGCAGGACCGAAGCAUCCUUGCCUCCUUGGCUUGGGAUCUGUGUCUUCUGCUACUGUUUGUGGUCCAGCACAGCCUCAUGGCUACUGAGGCAGUGAAGGCGUGGACAUCACGGUACUUUGGCGUCCUUCAGAGGUCGCUCUAUGUGGCAUGCACCGCUCUGGCCUUGCAGUUGGUGAUGCGGUACUGGGAGGCUACACCCAGAGGCCCAGUGUUGUGGGAGGCUCGGGCCGAACCGUGGGCCACCUGGGUGCCUCUCCUCUGCUUUGUGCUCCAUGUUGUUUCCUGGCUCCUAAUCUUCAGCAUUCUUCUGGUCUUUGACUACGCUGAACUGAUGGGCCUCAAACAGCCUGCCUUCAAAGGCCAGUGACUGUGGUCACCUGGGCUUGAGGAUGCUGCCCGGACCGGAGAGACCUGUGUUGGGGUGGAGUCUCAGAAGGGAUCCUGGGCCUGAUUUUCUAAGAUGGUGGUGCCAGCCAGGAAGAGGACAGAGGCAACUGAGAAAGAAGGCUUGACUCGUUUCCAUGAUGUGUCUUCUAGGUUUAUUACCAUGUGCUGGGACUGGGCGAGCCUCUGUCUCUGAAGUCUCCUCGGGCUCUAAGACUCUUUUCUCACCUUCGACACCCAGUAUGUGUGGAACUGUUGACUGUGCUGUGGGUGGUUCCCACUUUGGGCACGGACCGCCUCCUGCUGGCUCUUCUCUUUACUCUCUACCUGGGCUUGGCUCACGGGCUUGACCAGCAAGAUCUCCGCUACCUUCGGUCUCAGCUACAAAGAAAACUCCAGCUUCUCUCCAGACCCCAGGAUGGGGAAGCAGAGUGAGGAGCUGGUUCUAAGCCCUGUACUUCCUCUCCACCUCAAAAAUCAAACCCCUUAGCAUCCAGGCUGCAUCUGCUUCAGACCAGAGGUUGGAAAUCAUGCUUUGAAGGGGCUGUCCCUUCUCUUGCUUGAGAACUCAGUUCCAGGGUCCUGAUCCUGGACUCUAAAUUCAGUUUCCACCACUGGCCUUCAGAGUCUGCUUCUCACCAACCAACCAAGAAAUAAACUCAAGAGCCUCCUUUUCUCUUCAGAGCAUGACCUCCACACACACAGGGUCAGCCUUGAGCACUCCAUCCCCUUGUUAUUGGCUCUGCACCUCAGGGAUUCCCUUCCGUGUUUCCACCUCGAGGAGCUAUGUCAGGGCCUAUCUGAAAGUUUGUAGGUAAUGGCUCUUUUGUACUGCGGCUGUGUUCCUCCCCACCACUGCCUUAGUUUUUCCUCCUCAGCUCCGCGGUGCUGUCUUCUACAGCGAUAUCUCCUGUUUUUUUGUUUUUUUAACUCGGGUUAACUCGGGGCUCCCUCCUCUCCCAAAGGACAUGCGCUGCAGAAAAAUUAAAAUUUUAUACAUAUGA